AUGACACUGAAAUUGGAACGACGAGAGAAUAAAUCUCCGAUGGCUUUGGGUUGGUGCAUCGAGGGCGGGAUGCACUGGUCCCAAUGGGGUGGCGUGGUGGCAGGUUCGGACACCGUGAUCAUGAUUCUUGGUCCUUUCUGGCACAUGGGCGCGAAUAUUCAAAACAACCUGACCAUCUGCGCUGACCCUCCGAGCCUGGAGCAAUGCACAUAUGACCAACCAACAACGAAUGAAUCCUCCGCAACUCUUUAA